UCUCUCUGUGCUGCCCAUAUGUCAAAGUCUUUGUGCUUUUCAAGACAUCGAGGCGACACAAGGAAAAAAACACAGCUGGAUCCAAGUAUUCCUGCUAGCAGAUCCACUACCAGCCUCUUCCCUUCGGCCGCUUUGACUUCGACAAGCUGUGUCUGAGGCUGAUGAUGUGGUAUGAAGAUGGAGGCUCCUGAAUACCUGGACCUGGAUGAGAUCGACUUCUCUGAUGAUUCCGUGUAUUCAGUGACGUCUCUGAAGAGCAUCCCAGAGCUGUCCAGGAGGAGCGAUGGUCAAGUUGAGGAGAGACCAGCUCUGGCUAUCAACUGGAGUCGAAGCAUUUCCUCUCACAGUGGUGUGGGAAUCAAACCCACAGGGCUUGCUGAGGUCCACAGUAAGUUCCGGCCAGUGAAGAGGGUCUCGCCUCUCAAACACCAACCAGAGACCAACGACUCUGAAUCUGAUGGGAAGGUCCAGGGUGUUGGGCUAGGGGAGCUGGGGGAGGGCAGUAAAGAGGACCCCAGCUCAGAAAAGCCCAAUCACACCUCCUCCCCCUCUGAUGGACCAGGAGGAAAGGCGAAAGGCCCGAGUAGCAUUGGCGUCGGUGUCGUUGGCGGGAACAACCCUCAGGCCCUGUUCGGGGAGCUGGAACACUACGACCUGGACAUGGACGAGAUCCUCGACGUACCUUAUAUUAAGUCCAGUCAGCAGAUGUCCACUCUGCCACGUGUCCCCCAUGACAAGCGCUCGGUGACGGGGAGUAACCUGGGUGGGGGCACCCUGGAGAGGAACCGGGGUGGAGGGCUGAAGAGUUCUACGUUAUCGCACAAUGAAUCGCUGAGCCUUGGAAGCAGCAGUGCACAGACCCCGUACUGUGUUCUGUCUCCAGUGAAGUGGUCAGACUUAAGGAAGUCCAAAUCGAUGGAUCCAGACCUCCACCAUCUCCACCGUUCCCAAACUGGAGGAGGUUAUCAGCCAGAGCCACUCUCCUCAGGUCUCCUCAGCUGCCCUUCCUCCCUCUCAUCAUUCUCUGAUGCAGACAAACUGCUGUCUGCUCGGGUCUACCCAGACUCCCAGACGCAGAGACCCAGUGUGGAGCCUGCAGGCGGCCCAGGGCUCAUGUACCCCCUACCAGGAUGCAGCAUGGGCAGACAGGAUGGAUCCAAGCCCUGGGCUGCUGGACCAGGACCAGGAGCAGGAGCAGGAGGUACAGGAGGAGGUGGUGGGCUGAGGGUGUUUGGAGGAGGAGGAGAGUUGGAUGAAGAGACAAAGAAAAACCAGAACAUUAUCAACAUUGUCAGAGAAGGACAGAUCUCCCUGCUGCCUCACCUGGCAGCAGACAACCUGGAGUUGAUCACAGACGAGGACGGGAACAACCUACUUCACAUCUCGGCAUCUCAGGGUCACGCUGACUGUCUGCAGCAUCUCACCUCUCUUAUGGGAGAAGACUGCCUCAAUGAACGCAACAACCAGCAGCUCACCCCUGCAGGCCUGGGCGUCAAGAACGGUCACCUGGAGUGUGUCAGGUGGAUGGUGAGUGAAACGGAGGCCAUCGCGGAGCUAAGCUGCACCAGAGAACAUCCCAGUCUGAUCCACUAUGCAGCUCGCUAUGGGCAGGAGAAGGUUUUGCUGUGGUUACUGCAGUUCAUGCAGGAACAGGCAAUUUCUUUGGAUGAGGUUGACCAGAAUGGAAACACUGCAGUCCACGUAGCAGCUCAGUAUGGACACCUCACCUGUAUACAGACGCUGGUGGAGUACGGCUCUAAUGUAACAGUCCAGAACCAAGCAGGGGAGCGGCCUUCCCAGAGUGCUGAACGGCAGGGUCACACGACCUGUGCUCGGUACUUGGUCGUUGUAGAAACGUGCAUGUCCCUGGCGUCACAGGUUGUUAAACUCACCAAGCAGCUGAAUGAACAGGCCACAGAGAGGAUGGCACUACAGAAACAACUGCAGAGACUGAUGGAACCCAACCCCAACAAGGCAGAGGGGACACCAACCCGGUCACCUAGUUCCCAUCAGCCCUCCGUGGAGGUGUGGCCAGAGAUGAUGUUGACCGCAGAGGGGACUCCAGGGGAUGGUCAAUGGUUAGUUCGUCAGGGUGGGGUGAGUCAAGACUCCGCGCUACGGCAGCUGUUGGGGAAAGACAUGUCAGACACGCUGUGUCCCAAAGAGAGGUUGCCUCCAACAGGCAGCCUGAGCAGAGACGGCUCCUGUGGUGCCGGGGCCCCUGGGGGCCGCAGGGCAGGGUUAAUGGAGAGGAGGGAGCUCAAAUUAGCAAGACUCAAACAGAUCAUGCAACGCUCUCUCAGUGAAUCAGAUUCAGAUGGUUAUCCGCCAGAAGAAGGUAAAAACCAAGGAGCCCCGCCCCCAAAUGCUCAGCGCCCUGAUAGGCCCUCCCACCUGCCAAUCACGGAGGAUGAGUCUGCAUCAAACCACCUUAAUUUGAUGAUGAAUAAACACCUUCCCACCACCUCCUCCUCCUCCUCCUCCUCCACAGUUGAGAGGAAGCAGGCGUUCCCUCUCAGUGGGUCAAAGUCAGUUGACAGCAUUGGUUGCAACCCAUCUCCCACCUCCAGUGACCCCGACGCUGCAGAGAGUAAAACGCCAGACUCUUCCAUCGACUCCCAGGACGGUGCCAAUGGUCUGAAAGUUGCCACCAGCCCCAAAAGUGCACUGAAGUCUCCAUCAUCUCGCAGGAAGACGUCCCAGAACCUUAAGCUGAGGGUCACUUUUGACGAGCAGGUCCACAAGAGCUCGAGUCAGGAGGCGGAACCAACCAAAGGGCAUCAUGGGAAGGAGAGGACUCCAACAGGAAGCUCUGAGAGCAAGCGUCCGUUUGGGACGUUCCGCUCCAUCAUGGAGACGCUGAGUGGAAACACUAAUCACAACAACAAUAACAACAACAGUGGAGGUCAGUCAGGCUCAGGGAUCAAACCCCCCACAUGUCAGAACUCACCAGGCAGGAAGUCGGAGAGUAAGAGCAGCACAGGUGGCGCUAGAGGCAAAAGCAAAACCAGUAACGCUUAACUAUCAGGUGCCUACUGAAGGGCAGAGAAUGCAGAGUGAACCGAGGCGCAGAACGUGAGAAAUCAGUCAUUUAUACUGUGGGUUUAGAAUCAUACUUUCCCACGAUCCUUAGUUCACAAUACCAACACGAAUGUACUGGUUGUACUUGCAUCAAUUAUAGCAACUUUAAUUCAAAGUUACUUCUUUAUGACUUCAUUAACAAAACAUUAGUUUAAUUUCCACAAACAGCAGGUCAUUUCUCCAUAUGAGAAACUACGGUGGCCUUCAGGUGGCAUCAAAUUUCAAAAAGCCUUCCCUACAGUGUCAGAUUUUUCCAUUGAGCGACUGUACAAACAAUGGUACAACAAAGUGGAAGCGGACCCUCCCCACGUGUUUGUUCUGAGGUAAACACAACACCUCUUCAUUUUGAGCUGAUAAUAAAUUAUUGAAAAUGCAAUAGUAAAUAUUAUUUUCUAUUUCUGUACAUCCACUCAAUUCUUCACACUUGUCCUUUAACAUAGAGACACAGGAUUGAACUGAAGGAUGAACGUCUCUUAUUAAUCUGUUAAUCUGAUGUUUGCAAUGUGUUGUGUAUGUUCUUUGCCUCAAACAUUCAACGUUUGUUUUAACAGUUGAAAUGAGAAAGGGUGAAACUGACUUGGCUCUGUGAUGAACUGUCCUUAUCCUGUGAAAAUACUGAUAUGCUUUGAAGCUUUUCAGACUGGUCAUAGCGUCACCAUCUGUAGCAACAUAGUCAAUUUGAUUUAUUAUUAUUUGGCAAAUUCACUGUUGCAUCGCAUUGUUCUUCAAUUGUUUUAACUCUUUAUAUUUAACUUUUACUUUGAGUCCGAAUCAGAAUUGACGUUAAUUUGACACUUUUACUAUUACUUUCAUACUGGAGAAUUGAAUCAAAGAUGGCAGUAAACGAUCACAUCAUCCCGUAUGAGGUGUAACAGAUGGUGUUCUCAAAUGUUAAAUUACCAUCACCAACAUCACCAAGAGUCACACACAUCCAGGUAUCAUGGGAAACUGUGGUGGUCGCACACAGGGACCAUGGGCCACAGGAAUAAGAAAGAAAAGACUAAAAGACAUGAAUCAGUGCAAAGAUGAUGAAAAGAACCUGUGUUCAACAUGACUGACAUGAGAUCAGUACAGACAAAUGCAUCAAACACCAUUUAUUCAACAUU